AGAAGAUUAAGCUUGUUUGUGUAGAAAGAGAUAAACGUAAAAUGAUUACUCCAUUUUCUCCCCAAUGAUCGUGAACCAGUAAACGUAAAACCCAGCAAAACCAGUGCGUGAACAAAAAAUGAAAGACAUGAACGACGACGGCGACAUCAACAACUGGCUCGGAUUCUCCCUCUCUCCCCACAUGAAAAUCGAGCCCAACUCCCACUCCCCCCCCGCCGCCAACUUCUACCUCAUCGACGACGCCCCCCUCUCCGUGAUGCCCCUCAAAUCCGACGGCUCCCUCUGCCUCAUGGAGGCCCUCUCCAGAUCACACCCGCACCCUAAACUAGGCGCCGCCGAUUUUUACCCCCACCAAAACCACUACUUCUCCAACUACACCUUCUACCAACCCCACCAAAUCCCACAACAGGAAUGGGAGGACAACGCCAUUAGGUCCAAUGAAAUCCAAUCACUCAGCUUGUCGAUGAGCCCUGGCUCGCAGUCCAGCUGCAUCACCGAAUCUACAGCCAUGGGAAGCAAGAAGAGAGGGCCGGACAAGCUGCAGAAGCAGACUGUUCAUCGCAAGUCCAUUGACACAUUUGGCCAGAGAACUUCUCAGUAUAGAGGCGUCACAAGACAUCGUUGGACGGGUAGGUAUGAAGCUCAUUUGUGGGAUAACAGUUGCAAGAAGGAGGGGCAGACCAGAAAAGGAAGACAAGUCUACCUUGGUGGUUAUGAUAUGGAAGACAAAGCUGCCAGAGCAUAUGAUCUUGCUGCUCUUAAAUAUUGGGGCCCUUCUACCCACAUCAAUUUUGGGCUCGAAAACUACCAUCAAGAACUCGAGGAUAUGAAGAACAUGAGCCGACAAGAAUAUGUCGCCCACUUGAGAAGGAAAAGCAGUGGUUUUUCUAGGGGGGCUUCGAUAUACAGAGGUGUAACAAGGCAUCACCAGCAUGGUAGAUGGCAGGCGAGGAUCGGUCGUGUUGCUGGAAACAAGGAUCUCUACCUUGGAACAUUCAGCACGCAGGAGGAGGCGGCCGAGGCUUACGACAUCGCGGCAAUCAAGUUCCGGGGAGUGAACGCUGUCACCAACUUCGACAUUUCCCGGUACGACGUGGAGAAGAUCAUGGCCAGCAACACUCUGCCCACUGGGGAGGUGGCCCGGAGGACCAAGGACGGGAGGCCUUCCGCUGAGGUUGCGUCCGUUGAGGAGUGCCACGGAGGCGAGGCGCCCCUUGCUGUUGCUGCUCGGGUCGAGCAUGUUUCCAACGCGUGUGAAUGGAAGAUGGUGCCCUACAACGAUGCCCCGGGGCAGGGGCAGGGGCAGGGGAAUCAAGGGAGUGUUGACGUUGGCACACUUGAAGUGAAGACGUUGAAUCUGGGGAGCUAUCAAAGCCCUACGUUCUCCACCAGCCUGCACGAUUUGAUUGGUCUCGACACGAGCCAGAGGGCGGUGCACGAGUCGACCACCACCACCAUGGCGCCCCACUUCUCGAACGCGUCGUCCUUGGUAAUUAGCUUGAGUAGCUCAAGGGAGGCUAGCCCCGAUAGGUUCGUGCGCCCCUCUAGCAACAUGGGUGCGUGGAUCCCGACCGCUCAGCUAAAGCCGGUGCUGCUCACCACGGCCCAGUUGCCAGCCUUUGCCUCAUGGAACGACGCCUGAAGGCUACUUCGGGCGUCGUAACAUGCCUUUUCAUGAAGUGGGAAAAAAACAAUACCCUAAGAAAAUGGAGAAAAAAAUGGAUAUGUUGGCUAUAAGCUUUUUUUUUGUGUAAUGGUGGUAGACAUUGGAAAUCAUGAAAGGGGGACAAGGGUGGGAUCCAUUUGUAUCUAUUUGCAACUAUGUGUUAGGAGCUUUUUCCAACUCAAAAAUGCUUUUACUACCUAUUGGGAUAAAGAUUUUGCAAAAUGGAGGGAAUCUUGAUUGGGCUCUCUCAUGAUUAAA